AUGAUUGUGUUUCCCUCAGAUCCUCAGGCUCUGAAGAAGUUGAAGCAGCUGAUCAUCUCCAGCACCUGCCUGCCCCCCACGGAGCCUGCAGCGCCCUCUGGGGGUCAGACCAGUCCAGGUCCAGAGCCGGAGCUAGAGUCCGGUCCAGGUUCAGACCCAGAGGAGGCUGCCACUGAAGAGGCCACAGAGGAGGAGGAGGAGGAGGAGGAGGAAGAGGAGUUUGAACUAUCACUGCCUCUGGACCCACAGUGUCAUGAGGAGCAGGAGGAGAUGGACCUGAGUCUGGACCAAAGUGACCUGGUCCUGGACGAGGCCGGACAGAGGAAAAUCAUCGGAGACAGAGGAGGACCUGCCUCUAUGAAGGAGAGCAUCUGCCAGGUUUGUGAAAAGACUGGGGAGCUGCUGUUGUGUGAGGGCCAGUGUUGCGGUGCCUUCCAUCUCGCCUGUAUCUCUCUGGCUCAGGCUCCGACCGGGAAGUUCAUCUGUCCAGAGUGUAAAUCAGGUCUCCACACGUGUUUCGUGUGUAAGAAACGCGGUGUGGACGUGCGGCGCUGCAUGAUCCCGGUCUGUGGGAAGUUCUACCACGGAGAGUGUAUCGCUGCCUACGGUCCCACUGCCCCCACGGCCAACCGAGGGUUCCGCUGCUCCAUCCACACCUGCCUCACCUGCUACCAUAGCAACCAGACCAGCAACCAGUCCAAGGCUCCUCUGACCUCCUCCUCUCCCUCUCCUCCCCCUCUGACCUCCUCCUCUCCCACUCCUCCCCCUCUGACCUCCUCCUCUCCCACUCCUCCCCCUCUGACCUCCUCCUCUCCCACUCCUCCCCCUCUGACCUCCUCCUCUCCCACUCCUCCCCCUCUGACCUCCUCCUUUCCCUCUCCUCCCCCUCUGACCUCCUCCUCUCCCACUCCUCCCCCUCUGACCUCCUCCUCUCCCACUCCUCCCCCUCUGACCUCCUCCUCUCCCACUCCUCCCCCUCUGACCUCCUCCUCUCCCUCUCCUCCCCCUCUGACCUCCUCCUCUCCCACUCCUCCCCCUCUGACCUCCUCCUCUCCCACUCCUCCCCCUCUGACCUCCUCCUCUCCCACUCCUCCCCCUCUGACCUCCUCCUUUCCCUCUCCUCCCCCUCUGACCUCCUCCUCUCCCACUCCUCCCCCUCUGACCUCCUCCUCUCCCACUCCUCCCCCUCUGACCUCCUCCUCUCCCACUCCUCCCCCUCUGACCUCCUCCUCUCCCUCUCCUCCCCCUCUGACCUCCUCCUCUCCCACUCCUCCCCCUCUGACCUCCUCCUCUCCCACUCCUCCCCCUCUGACCUCCUCCUCUCCCACUCCUCCCCCUCUGACCUCCUCCUCUCCCACUCCUCCCCCUCUGACCUCCCCCUCUCCCCCUGCAGGCCGGCUGGUGCGUUGCGUCCGCUGUCCUGUGGCGUAUCACGCGUCAGAUCUGUGUUUGGCGGCCGGCUGCAGAAUCCUGUCGUCCAACAGUGUAGUGUGUCCAAACCACUUCAGCGCCAGGAGAGGAGUCAAGAACCAUGAACACGUCAACGUCAGCUGGUGCUUCGUCUGCACCGAAGGGGGCAGUCUGCUGUGCUGUGAGUCCUGUCCUGCUGCCUUCCACAGAGAGUGUCUGAACAUCGACAUGCCCAAAGGAUCCUGGUUCUGCAACGACUGCAAAUCAGGGAAGAAGCCACGCAUCAAAGACAUUCUGUGGGUCAAAGUGGGACGCUACAGGUGGUGGCCGGCCGAGGUGAGUCACCCCAAGUCGAUCCCGGAGAACAUCCAGAAGAUGCGUCACGACGUGGGGGAGUUCCCCGUUCACUUCUUUGGUUCCAACGAUUACCUCUGGACCUAUCAGGCGCGAGUGUUUCCUUAUAUGGACGUGGACGCCAUCAGCAACGAGAAGAUGGGGAAAGGAGUGGACGCCACGUAUAAGAAGGCCCUGGAGGAGGCAGCAGUGAGGUUCAGAGAGCUCCAGACCGAGAAGGAACUCAGACAACUUCAGGAAGAUCGAAAGAACGACAGGAAACCACCGCCUUACAAGCACAUCAAGGUGAACCGUCCGAUCGGUAAAGUCCAGAUCCUGGCCGCAGACCUGGCUGAGAUCCCGCGCUGUAACUGUAAAUCCUCUGACGACAGUCCGUGUGGAAGCGACUCCGAAUGUAUCAACCGCAUGCUCCUCUUUGAGAAUAGUAGGAUGUACCUCCGCCCCACACGUUGGUUGGGUGGGGACCGGAUUAUCGACGCGGGUCCGAAAGGGAACGAGGCGCGCUUCAUGAACCACAGCUGUCGACCGAACUGUGAGACUCAGAAGUGGACGGUGAACGGAGACACCAGAGUCGGACUGUUCGCUCUGGAGGACGUACCAGCAGGGACGGAGCUGACCUUCAACUAUAACCUGGAGUGUUUGGGAAACGGGAAAACUGUUUGUAAAUGUGGAGCUCUGAACUGCAGCGGCUUCUUGGGAGUCAGACCGAAGGGGAAGUUGGGGAACAACAACAGGGUCCACAGAGACACCAGGAGGACACCGAGACACCAGGAGGCCACAGAGACACCAGGAGGCCACAGAGACACCAGGAGGCCACCGAGACACCAGGAGGACACCGAGACACCAGGAGGCCACAGAGACACCAGGAGGACACCAAGACACCAGGAGGCCACAGAGACACCAGGAGGCCACAGAGACACCAGGAGGCCACAGAGACACCAGGAGGCCACAGAGACACCAGGAGGACACCAAGACACCAGGAGGACACCGAGACACCAGGAGGCCACCGAGACACCAGGAGGCCACAGAGACACCAGGAGGCCACAGAGACACCAGGAGGACACAGAGACACCAGGAGGCCACAGAGACACCAGGAGGCCACAGAGACACCAGGAGGACACAGAGACACCAGGAGGCCACAGAGACACCAGGAGGACACAGAGACACCAGGAGGACACAGAGACACCAGGAGGCCACAGAGACACCAGGAGGCCACAGAGACACCAGGAGGCCACAGAGACACCAGGAGGCCACACAGACACCAGGAGGACACAGACACCAGGAGGCCACACAGACACCAGGAGGACACAGACACCAGGAGGACACAGACACCAGGAGGACACAGAAGGUAGGCUGCUGUAG